CUUGACGCCACAAUUGCAGUUAUUUCCUGUUACCUUCUUACAAAACUGGCUCCUUCAAAGCAUUCUCAUCGUGUAUGUACCGAGAUGCGACAAAAUACUACUGACUGAAGGCCAAUGCAAUCCCAAACAUCAAGUAGAUACGUGGAAGAUAAAGAGAGGAAAUCCAGGCCACGACGAGCAACUGAAAUACCAAAGAAAAUGAGGUGUCACGCAGACGUCGCAAUAAAAGAGCUUCACCCUGAGAAGCAUGAUCACCUCCACAUUAAAGAGGAAGAGUCGGAGAUGCCGUACAUCAAACAGGAGGCGGAGCCAGAGACCCCCAACAUGAAAGAAGAAGAACAGGAAAAUGAAAUCACUAAGUGUCCAAUAACUGUUUGUGUAAAAAGUGAAGAAGAUGAAGGUCCAAGCGAAGAGAUCGGAGCAGCGAAACCUUGGAGCGACAGCUCAUUUCAACACCUGACAACAAAAGGAGAGGGACGACCGCAACCUGACGGUUUCUUGGCUCCGCUCUCGGAAAGUGACGACGUAAAACCUAACUCCUCUGACUUUAGCACUGAUGAGGAGGACAAUGACUUUGAUCAAAAGUCUUCAAAAUCCCUAAACAAGUCAUCGGUGAUAAGAGACACAAAAGAAUGCACUGUAAGGAAGCCUUAUGCCUGCUCACUCUGUGGUAAAAGCUUCACUCAUAAGAGAACUUUGAACAAACACACAAUGACACACACUGGAGAGAAGCCUUUUGUCUGCACAUGUUGUGGUAAAGGAUUCACUGACAAGGGACAAUUGAUCAAACACACAAUAACGCACACUGGAGAGAAGCCUUUUCCCUGCUUAGUUUGCCAUAAAAAAUUCGCUCAGAAAGCCGUACUAAAAUGUCAUGCCAAAUCACACACUGGGGAAAAACCUUUCGCCUGCUCAGUUUGUCAUAAUAGAUUUUAUACAAGGCAUGAGUUAACAAGACACACACGUACACACACUGGGGAAAAGCCUUUUGCGUGCACAUGUUGUGGUAAAAGAUUCUCCGAGUUGGGAAACUUAAAUGUUCACAAAAGGAUACACACCGGAGAGAAGCCUUUUGCCUGCUCAUGCUGCGGUAAAAGAUUCACUGUUAAAGUUCAGUUAGAAAGACACUCGCUUACACACACUGGAGAAAAGCCUUUUCCCUGCUCAUUUUGCCAUAAAAGAUACUUCACAAAAGCAGCUUUAAACAUACACACACGUACACACAGUGAGGAAAAGCCUUUCACCUGUUCAGUUUGUCAUAUAAGAUUUUGUACGAGGUAUCAGUUAACAGAACACACACGUACACACACUGGAGAGAAGUCUUUUGUCUGCACAACUUGUGGUAAAAGAUUCACCGGAAAGGGACGUUUGAACGAACACACAAGAAGGCACACUGGAGAGAAGCCUUUUGACUGCUCACUUUGCGAUAAAUCUUUCUUCGUACAAAGACUUUUAACAAUCCACAUGCGAACGCACACGGGAGAAAAGCCUUUUGUGUGCACAUCUUGUGGUAAACAAUUCGCUCGGAAGGGAAGUUUAAACACACACACAAUGACACACACCGGAGAAAAGCCUUUUCCCUGCUCAGUUUGCCGUAAAAGAUUCUCUCGGAAAGAACAACUAAACUAUCACACAAGAACACACACUGGAGAAAAGCCUUUUGUCUGCACAGCUUGUGGUAAAAGAUUCACCCAGAAAGCAGAAUUAAUGCGUCACGCAAGGGCACACACUGGGGAAAAGCCUUUCACCUGCUCAGUUUGCCAUAAAAGCUUCUUCACGAAGGGAAAUUUAAGCAGACACACACGUACACACACUGGGGAAAAGCCUUUCGCCUGCUCAGUUUGCCAAAAAAGCUUCUUCACCAGGGCUAAUUUAAACAGACACACACUUAUACACACGGGGGAAAAGCCUUUUAUCUGCACAAGUUGUGGUAAAAGAUUCAUCGAUAAAAGAGAUUUCAACGAUCACACAAGAACACACACUGGAGAGAAGCCUUUUGCCUGCCCUCUUUGCGAUAAAAGAUAUGGUCGUAAGCAACAGUUAAGAACACACACGCGUACACACAGGGGAAAAGCCUUUUCCAUGAUCAGUUUGUUGUAGGGGUGUAACGGUACACAAAAAUUUCGGUUCGGUACAUACCUCGGUUUUGAGGUCACGGUUUGUUUCAUUUUCUGUACAGUAAGAAAAAAAAAUGCAAAAUAUAAAUUUGCUAGUUGUUUAUCACGCACUUUUGUGCUUUCAACAAUAGGAACAUUAGCCUAUACAAAUCUAGAAUUCUGCUCAAAAAUAGAAAAUACAAUAAUCUGAAAUGUAGAUAUUUUGACUAACAAAAUAAAAAUACAUUGGCUCAGACUUUUUCUUUAAUAUCUGAUGUGCAAAAUUGAACAGUUUCAAGUUUCUCAUAUUACCUUUUACCCCCAUCCAUAUGUUUGAAGCCAGCGUUCUCUAACACUGAAUAGUUGCCUGUUACGGCCAGACUGUUCUCCCUGUAGUUUUCAAACACUGUGAGAAAAGUCUGGGACCCAGCCCAUUAACGGCCUCUCGAGCAAGAACUAAAUCAACCGUCCAAUCAGAUUCCUUUAUUUGCGUGACGUAUUUUUAAUUUUCAACGUCACUCAACCGCGUCGGAAGUCGUCUCCACAACAACAUAGAUGGCAAACAGGAGAGCCGAGAACAUGUUCCAAUCCACAGUAAAAUCAGUUUUAAAUUACCAAAAACAUAUCGACACAAGUCAUUGACAACAUGUAUCGCGCUUGCCAUGUUGAAUGAACUCCGCUCUCCUCGUAUGUUUACUUCCGCGCACAAGUCCCUCGUCGCUUUACUAACGUCACGUCCACCCGUCGCUGAUUGGUCCAGUCCGCUGUUUGCUGUGGUUUGCUCCGCCCUGGAAAUUUUAUCCACUGAUUGGUGGCCAGACUCAAUAGCUGGAACAGCGGUGAGUCUGGUGUACCAGGCUAACUGAAUAGGGUCUUAAAUCUAUAUAAACAUCAACUGCAUUUGUUACUGCUUUAGCCUGAUCUGACCCACCGGGUAACGGCUGUUUAAAUGCAGUGGGGAGCUGUGUUUGUACAACGCUCGUCUUUCUCUUCGUUGUAGCGAUGUUCACGCUGGGGUGGUGCCGUUUCAAAUAGGUUUACAGGUUUGACAUGUUACCAGAAACGUACCCGAUCUCGGAUGAACAAUGGCGGCAAACCACUUUGGUUUUAUCAACCUGCCUUUGUCCCUGUUUAGGUUUAUAUUUCACCGGGAAGCCGAAGUGUUCCCAAACGGGAGACCUUAAGGUCGCGGGAAGGUCCUCAAGCUCUUGCUUAUUGCCAUGGUACCCGCGGGUUAUUAAAAGUAUUUUAAAAAAGCAUUGAAUUUAGUUUUCCAUUAUUAAGGGUAUUAAAAGUAUUAAAUUAGCUGUUGUAAAACUGGAAUUUUUUCACUGUAUUUUAACAUCAUCUCAGUGCAACCUAAAUUAUAUCCAUGAAGUUUUUUUUUUUUAAAUCCAUAACGAAGAUGACGCAUAGAAUUUUUACGAUGCACUGCACUAUAAAUCGAACGUCAUUUUUGGUCGGCAUCGGCUGUCACAAUGUUGGUCAAAUUGCGUUUUGUUCCAGAGGGAGCGUUCCCGAUGUCGUAACUGUCUUUUCUAACAAAUUGUAAGUUGGCAGAAAAAAAAUGCAAAUUUUUUAGUGUUUAAAUAGUCAACAUAUUUUUAUGAUCAUUAUAAAUGCGUUUACACAAUGAAAACACUGGUAAGUUUGUUAAACAUAAAGUUGGUCAAAUCGUGUCUUUUUCUGGAGGGAGCAUUCCCGACGUGGUAACUGCAGCCAAUUUAAGCUCAUCAAGAUUUUAAGAUAGGGGUAAAAUCGGGCCUAAAAAAAUCCAGCCCGACCCGACCCCGCGGUUAUUAAAGCCCGACUCAGCCCGAGCCCGAUCAUUUAACUUGAUUUGCUGGCCCGAGCCUGGGAAAAAAAACGAGAUUCUAUGCUGUGUUUGUAGGCAUGUGCUCAGGAAAAAACACAAAAUUUUAGGACUCAGGAGAAAAGGAAAGGGAUGCACCAGUCAGACCUGGACCUGCACUGCUUGCUGCUUGGGAAAAUUGACUGGUUGCAUUUUGUGUGAUCACAUCUGUGACGAUGUCUGCAUAAAAGCCUGUCUUUUGUAACGAAUUCUCGGUUGGCAGAAAAAAGUUUUCUUAACGUUGAAAUAGUCUACAUAUUUUUUAUGAUCAUUAUAAUUGUAUUUACACAACGAAAUAAUGCUGGAAAAGUUUGUUAAACCCAAAUAAACAGAUGCGGUUUUGCGGAACCGUAGAGGGGAAGAUUAAAAAGGGCGUAUGGCACGCUCUGGCUCUGCAAUGGCCAUACAUACAUACAUUUUUUUUUUUUUUACUCCAAAUUAUUUCAUAACAAGUAUUCCUUAGUUUAACAUGCAUACAUCGUUCAUAUAUAUUUAUUUAAAAAGUUAGCAUGAGGAACCCCGGCCCGACCCUGAAGUAAUAAUUGACAUUUUAAUUUCGUAAUGUUUUCAAUUUAAUUUAGCUGUUUCCAGCUUGCUGUGUUUAUAAUUACGAUGUUUGUUUGCCAGUUUUCGUCUUACUGCGAAGAGGGAGGAAGUUACAUCGGCCACAGCCAUAAUAUUUCAGUCAUCAGCCAUCUGCUAUGACCCGGCAAUUUAACGCCUGCUUGCACGCACUCUGCUUCCCGGGAAAGUCCCGGACAUGAUACUAGGACGCGACCCGUUAAAUGUCCGCGUAAGGACUGACAUGGAAAAUUGUUUUCACACACAACUCAAGUCACAGGGCUCAAGUCACAUCCAGAUACUUUGGGUUGCAGUUUAUGGGUCAUGCAAAGGCAGUGGACCUGCUUAAACAUUUCAAAGUAAGCUGCCAAUUUCACCCGAAAAAAAUGUGUUGGAUGCAAUAAUGUAUUUCUGCACAGUUUGCCUUUCGAAUGAAUGUGAAUUUUGCCGUUUAACUCAACAGUUAGCCAUGUUCACUGGGGUCUUGGCAGGUGCACUAACCUGUUACAGAAGAUGGCUGGUCCUCCUCCUGUCCUCCUCCUCUUUUUGUCCAUAGUUAUUGCGUGCGUGCGUGUUUAAAAAAAUUCUGAAAGACUGUAUAAUGUUACUUUAAAUGUGUUUUAAUUGUAUCUUCAAUAAAUGUGCAUUCUUUUGUCAAACACACUUAGUAAUUGAGGUUAAAUUUGAUGUUCAAUGCUUCAUUUGUUUAAUAUGAUUCAAUAUUAUAUGGGUGCAAGAAAAGUAUUUUCAGUUGAAAUGGCAUUAAAAAAGGUCUUAAAAGUGUUAAUUUUGGAUUUAUCUAUCCUGGGGGGACCCUGAUUGCCAAUGCUAGUGGCACUAGCCAUGACGUCCACUACUACUGCCGUUUGCUGUUGUUUGUUUUGGUGUGCGCGGCUGCAGCAUGCGCUACUCCACCUGCGGUGCUUAUUAUUGUAAGCAGGAAUUGUGUAUUAUUAUUGUUUUGGCUCAUUUGAUUUGAUUUAAUUCGUAUAGGUUAUUAUUUAUCUUAUGAAUUUAUGUUUUGAGAUGAUGUGUAAUUUUAGCUCUGAUUUGAAUAUUAGUUCCUAGCUGUUUGUGUUGUAGGAUGCUUUUGAGUUGACCACGAGAGUUCCUGCACAUGGCGCGGGGUAAUAAAGCAGAGUUAUACUGUCUUGCCGUGUUGGUCCUCAUUAUAAUAGAGAAGACGGAGUAAAUGUAAUUUACACAAAGAAACUGGAACCCAAUCGACCCACAGCCUCGAAAAGUAAGAAUUACAUUACGUCAGAAACUCGUUCGGUACGCCUCCGUUCUGAACCGAGCACCCCGUCCCGAAACGGUUCAAUACAAAUACAUGUACCGUUACACCCCUAGUUUGUGGUAAAAACUUCACUGGGAAGGGAAGUUUAAACAGACACACAAGAACACACAAUGGAGAGAAGACUUUCACCUGAUAAGAUUGCAGUUAAGGAUACACUUGGAAGGAAGAUUUCAGCAAUCACCCAAAAAUACUUGGGGCUUCUCACAAUUUUAAUUGCGAUUGUUGACAAUACUCUGAGGCUUCCCUUCUUUUUAGCCCCUUUCAGACUUGUACCCCGGUAAAUUCCCGUGUCAGGUGAUGCGGAAUUUAGCUGUGUCAUGGCUUUCACUCAUGGGGAAAGUCCUGGGAAUAAACCGGGUUGUAUGUGUAAAGGUGGCUUAAUUCAUUACUUUCAACCCGAGGCCGUUGGCAAUCUUAGAAAUAGUGACGUAUGCCCUUACAAAUUGAUGACGAAUCUUAAAACGUUUUAUAUAGCGUGCAAUAUGAAACAAAAAUAAAACUAAAAUUUUAAAAUAAUAUGAGUUUUUUGGUAAUAUUGUUGUCACAUAUAACCUGGUGCAAUCAAAGAACAAUUAAAAUCUUAAGCUCCAUCAUGAUUACUACAAUUUAACAGUGACUUUUGUUAUAAUUGUAUGUAGCACUUUAGGCAAUUUUUAUCAUGUCUUUUGAUGGCUGCACUUCAUGGCACUCCAGCUCGCCAUUCAGUUUGACUUGAAGGUAGUUCGCUAGUGUGUCCAACUAUAAAUUGAAAAGGUCAAUUGAUAAAAUGAAGUUACCGAUGCAAUCUUUGAGUCAGGGAACAUUUCUUUAGCUAAUUCUGAGACGUGAUCAACAAUAGUUGCAGGCAAAUUGUUUUCAGUAACAAAUUGGCAGAAUAAAAUCUCGGCUGUCGUCACUUUUCAUUCUGCUGUCUGCAUCUUUAUGACUAGUGUUGUUAAUCUUAUUUUUAAAAAUGCAAUUAAUUACAGUUACAAAAUAAAAGCAAUUGAGUUAGUAACUCAGUUACCUGAAUAUAAGAGUAAUUAGUUACUUGGCAAAGUAACUGGUGUUACCUUUCAUGAUUUUUUUUUUUCAUCCCCCCCCCCCCAAAAAAAAAAGUAACCUUCGCUAUGUUUGGAAAUAAUUUAAUGUUAUGGAUCAACCGUUAAAGUUGUUAAAAUUGCUCCCGUUUUUGCAUUAGUUCCCUUCUGUCUACUUUCGACAUGUGAAAGUUUUAAAACUGUUUCAUCAUUUAAAGAUAGAUUCAAGUCAAGAUUUUGCCGACUUAGGAGUGUUUUAGAUAAAGUUACUGAGGAUUGCUAGGAAGGUUCACUGCAACAGAGCCUGAGAAUUCUACUGCUUUAAGAUGGCGGUUGCUCACUAACGCCGCUGAGUCUGUCUUUUCACAUCUAGGUCUAUAUGCAUAUGAUAUCUAGUGUAGCAUCAAGUGGGCGUAGAUUGUAGGCUGUCGGCUUCAGUCAGGAAAUAUUGGAGCCGCCUAGCAUCGCGUUUGCAACAGCGUCACAACACUCUUUCCACUCCUGCUCUUCUUUCUUUUCUCGCGUCAUUCAACCAACGUAGUAACGCCCAUUGUCUCGUUGCCGAAACGGUGACAAAAUCCGAACGGAGAAAAAAAAAAACGGUAUGCACGAAAAAUGUACAGAUUUUGAACGUACGGCCUACACAUUUAAAAAUCAGUGCUCACUUGUACAAAUUAUGCUGAAACCGUACAACUUGACAGGUAUGUUGAUUUAUCCCAGGUUGGCGUCUCUGCACUCUCUGAGCGGGGAAGGCGGCUGGUGCGAUUGUAUUACCUGGACAUUACAUCAUAUUUGCUUGCUGCUUCAUUGUCUUGGUGGCGGGGGAGGGAAGCAUGUGACCUCGGGUAGUAUUCUUUUUUUUGCCGCACUCGAAUAAAUUGUACUUGUACAUCCAGACAGUGGGUGGCAGUGGCACUGUCAGACAAGGAACGACCAGUCUGUUUACAGUGUCUAAAAAUGUUUGCAGCGUACAGUGGGAAGCCAAAUCAAUUAUGACGCCACUUAAAGAUAUUAGACCCCCAUCACAUUAGAGAAUGACACUGACCCCAUGACACUGCCGUUUUUGUUCCAUUGUGUUUUUUUUUCGGUCAAAUUGUUUUGCAUAUUGUCUUUGUAAGUUAAUGUUGCUAAUCGAUUUGAAUUCAUUAGUAUUACUCAAUUUUAUUAAUUUUUUUCUAUUCUGUAUGAAAUGUUUGAAAAGUGUACCUUGAGUGUAUUUUUACAGUUUGGUUGACUUUGUUUUGAAUUCA